AUGGAUGAGAAGGUCAAACAGCACUAUCUGGCUGACUCACCUCCCACGGUAGUUCGCCUAGAAAUCAAACAUCACUUUGAUAAUCUCAAGGAUGCAAAGCUGAGGCGAUAUGCGCACUACAUAAGCAGAGCGGCAUUUGAAGGCACUCGCGUUACUUUGCGCCAGGUUUCUCCCGAGUCUGAGCCGAUCUAUGAUCUCAUAAUCGCACUCUACCAUGCCUGUGAUGGAAACUGGACUGACCUCGCUAAGAGGACCAAUGUAAGCGACGAGCAUUUGCGCUAUUUCUUGGAGUAUUCGGCCCAAUUUCUUGGAAAUUGCGGCAACUACAAAGGUUUUGGUGACUCCAAGUUUAUUCCUCGACUGCCUGUAGAAGCCUUUCAGGCGUUAGCCUCAUCCACCUCAGAAACAAAAGCAACAUUUGAGAAAGCGAAUACCACUGGAGGCGGUAUUUAUGAGACAAAAGAGCAGGCGCUUAUGCACCUUGGAUAUACGGAUAAUGGCCAUAUGACUACUUAUUACCCUGAUUCGCCAUCCAUAACGAAAGAUGAAAUCACAGCUAUCGGCGACCUCAUGGAAAAAAAAGGGUUACCAUUGGAAAAUACAAGACUUAAGAAGUUGUCAUCCGGUGACUUUGAAUUACUAAUUGCCUCGGGUGUUGCUUCUCCCCCUGUAAGGGACAGAGAUCUUGGUGAAGUCGACGCUUUGGACCUGGAUGGCAACCUGACAGGGAAGAAGCUGCGCCUGGUUUUUGGCGAUCAUAUAGAGGAAAUGGCAAAAAUCGCCCAUUCGAUUAAGCAAGCGGGGCUCAAUGCAGCAAACGACAACCAGAAACGGAUGUUAGAUGCGUAUGCCUUGUCGUUUGGUGCCGGUUCAAUUGAAGCGUUCAAAGAAAGUCAGCGGAUCUGGGUGAAGGAUCAAAAGCCGAGUCUGGAGACCAAUAUAGGGUUUGUAGAGACUUAUAGAGACCCGCAUGGAGUGCGAGGAGAAUGGGAAGGCUUCGUUGCUUUGGUUAACCUAGAGCGUACCCGAGCAUUCGGAAAGCUUGUGGAUAGUGCAGAGAGCAUGAUUCCCAAGCUUCCAUGGGGCGAAGACUUUGAAAAGGACAAGUUUCUUAGCCCAGAUUUCACUUCGUUGGAAGUCUUGAGCUUUCAAUCUUCCGGCAUACCUGCUGGCAUCAAUCUCCCAAAUUAUGACGAUAUCCGUCAAAAUCUAGGUUUCAAGAACGUUUCUCUUGGAAAUGUGCUUAGCGCCAAAGCCCCUAACGAGCCUGUUCCUUUUAUUGCCAAGAAGGAUUUGGACGUUUAUCGCAGAUGCCGUGACCCCGCGUUUGAAGUCCAGGUAGGCAUCCAUGAACUUCUUGGGCACGGAACUGGCAAGCUUCUUCAAGAGACUGCCCCAGGAGAGUAUAACUUUGAUAUUUCCAACCCUCCUGUGAGUCCAGUCACGGGAAAACCUGUAUCUACAUGGUACAAGCCUGGUCAGACCUGGAGCUCGGUUUUCGGAGCUAUCGCCUCUUCUUAUGAAGAGUGCCGUGCAGAGUGCGUUGCUAUGGUGCUCAGCUGCGACUUUAGCAUCCUGAAGAUUUUUGGAUUCGGAAACGGACAAGAAGAUCUCACCAACGAGGCUGGAGAUGUCUUGUUCGCAGCAUACCUGCAGAUGGCUCGUGCAGGCUUGGUCGCCUUGGAGUUCUGGGACCCCAAAACUCAGAAAUGGGGGCAAGCCCAUAUGCAAGCUCGCUAUAGUAUUCUGCGAACAUUCCUUGACGCUGGUGACGAUUUCGUCAAACUUUUUUACACCAAAGAAGAUCUCUCUGAUUUGGAGAUACAUCUGGACCGAUCGAAGAUCCUGACGCACGGACGUCCAGCCGUGGAGAAAUAUCUGCAAAAGCUGCACGUCUACAAGAGUACCGCGGAUUAUGAAGCAGGUAAGAAGCUCUAUGAUGAUAUCACGUCGGUUGAUGAGUGGUGGGGGAGCAAAGUUCGCGAGGUUGUUCUUCAGAACAAGGUCCCACGUAAAGUGUUUGUCCAGGGCAACACUAUUCUAGAUGAGGACCAAGUGACGCUCAAAGAGUAUGAACCGACGCUUGAGGGAAUGAUCCAGAGCUUUGUUGAACGCAAUGUCUAG